GCUGUACACUCCUAGGAAAAAAACGAAAAAAAAACGAAAAAAAACGAAAAUAAAACGAAAAAAAAAUGCGAAAAUAAAGCUUAAAAAAAGUGAACAAAAACGACAAAUACGCACAGCUACAUUUUUUUGUUUUUUUGUUUGCUUUGCCUUUUGUUUUUUUUUGCUUUGUUUUUGCUUUAUAAAACUAUUUUGGCUCCUUGUAUCUAUGGCUGGCGUGCCCGACAUAAGCAUACAUUUUUACCCGUUGUGACUUCGAGAUGCUUUUGGUUCAAACCAUUUUCAGAACACUUCCUACCUUCACUUGCAUUGUUUUUAGAUUCAAUGUUGGAUGUUUCUAACACAACUUUUGUUUUACAACUGUCACCUGUGUUAAUUGUCAAUUCUCUUGAAUUUAGCUCUUUACCCUUGCUCUCGCAACUCAACGUGGUGAAGAAGGCCCAUGGCUGCCAACGGGGAAUGUGAAGGGCAAAUUUGGUCAGGUGCAGGCAAGACACAGGAUGAACUGAUGCUCAAAGACGAGUGCAUUCUUGUGAAUUACAUGGAUGAGGUCAUUGGGCACAACAACAAGUACAACUGUCACAAGUUUGUACCUGGCCAACCUCGAGGAUUGCUGCAUCGAGCCUUUUCGGUGCUACUCUUUGACCACGAAAACCGUUUGCUGCUGCAACAAAGGGCCAAGAGCAAGAUCACCUUCCCACUUGUUUGGACGAACACCUGCUGCAGCCAUCCACUCUAUGGCAUGAAGCCAUGUGAAGUGGACCAGCCCGAAGCCAUUGCCCAGGGUGAUCCCAAGGGCGUGAAGGCCGCAGCAGUUCGAAAGCUUGGACACGAACUGGGUAUCCCAGCAGCGGAACUGGAUGCCUCGCGCUUUAAGUUCCUGACUCGAGUGCACUACUGGGCUGCUGACGUGGGCACAUACGGUUCGGAGGCCGUUUGGGGUGAGCAUGAGAUUGAUCACAUUCUGCUCUACCGUCUCAAUGCCGGUGAACAGCUCAGCGUAAAGCCAAAUGCUGAAGAGGUGGAGGCAGUUCGGUGGCUUGGCAGUGGAGACCUCAAAGAGGCGAUGGCAGGAAAGGGUGACAUGCCGCUUUGGUCUCCAUGGUUCAGAAUCAUCAAGGAGCGAUUGCUGGAUGCCUGGUGGCAGGACUUGGAUACUGCUCUCACAACUGACAAGUACGUGGACGUGACGUCCAUCCACCGCUUUGACACCGCGCCGGAGUUUCAUGGAGGCCUGGGUGAUGCCAAGCCUCUCUUGGACGAAGUCUCCAAGGCUGAAGCUGCUGCCCUCAAAGAAGGUGGAGAGGCCCAGCGUCGAAAAGUUGCGCUGGAUGCUGAACAUGAAGACCGCAUUGUGGGAUUCGUGGGUCGAGGAAAAGCUGAAGUCGACACAUCCGCAGGGGAUGUGAAGCAAGGCGGAUAUGGAAAGGUCCCCACCCACAAGAUCCCGAAGCUUGAUCAGCUGAUGAGGCCAUUGGAGAUCAUCUCGGCCCUGAGGCUGAAGUGUACAGGGCUUUUGGAGAACAACAUCAAGGGCCAGACAGACGAAGACAUCGAGUUCUGCGAUGACAUGCUCGGCAAGGUUUCAAGAUCUUUUGCGGCAGUGAUCCGACAGCUGCCUACCCAAUUGAGCAUUGACAUUUGCAUCUUUUACUUGGUGCUUCGUGCCCUUGACACUGUGGAGGAUGACAUGGAAGCUUACAAAGGUCGUGAAUCUGACAAACAGGCAGAACUCAUUUCCUUUGGAGAGAAGAGGCUGACCGACCCGAACUGUAGCAUCACAGGUGUCGGUGCAGCCGAUGAGCGAACCCUUGUGGAGAAUUUCGGUCGCGUGGCUCGUGUCUUUGCCAAGUUGAGCGAAGGCAGUCGAGAAGUCAUUCGAAACAUUACUGACAAGAUGGGUGCUGGCAUGGCUGAAUAUGUCUCUGCCGAUUUAGCACAAGGGACUCUCGAUCAAGCAGCAUACAACCGCUAUUGCCACAUGGUGGCCGGUCUCGUGGGCGAAGGCUUGACCCGAAUCUUUGUGUCCAGCGGAAUGGAGAGCUCUGAACUGGCAGGGCAAGGCGAGCAAGUGUGGAGCUUUUGCGCAGACCCUAAGAAAGAAGCUGCAAACCUUGGCCUUGCAAAUUCUAUGGGUCUUUUCCUCCAGAAGACCAACAUCAUCCGAGACUACUUGGAGGACUAUGUGGAUGGACGAGCAUUUUGGCCUCAAUCAGUUUGGAAAAGCUAUGCCAACAGCAAUGACUUGGGCGAGUUUGCAUUGCCCACUUCACAUGGUGCAGGCAAGCUUCUUCCAGUCAAGGCCGGUGGCGAAGUCCUGGCCAAGGGGGUGGGAGUGCAGGCGCUCUUGUGCUUGAAUGACCUGGUUGCAGAUGCCCUCGAACUGGUGCCAGAUUCUCUCGAGUACCUGGAGCGAGUCUCCACGCCAGCUAUCUACCGCUUCUGUGCGAUUCCACAGGUCAUGGCGAUUGCAACUCUUGCUGCUUGUUUCGACAAUCCUUUGGUGUUCACCGGAGUCGUAAAGAUUCGAAAGGGGCUCACUGCCCGGCUGAUCGUUGCUUGCUGUGAUGGUCCCAAUGCGGUCCACUUUUGGUUCAGACAGUUUGCCGAGGAGAUCUUGGCACAGACCAAGACCUGCGUGGGAGCUGAUGGACCUGUCGGAAAGCGUCUUGAAAAGAGUUGCCACCGCAUUUUGGAGAGGACACAGAAGAGGUCGGAAGCUUGGUCCGGCAAGCAGACGCAGAAGCGGCUGGUCGUGGGUGCGGUGACUGCCCUGGCAGUCUCCUCCUUGUUCGUGGGAACAUCUCUACAGAACCAAAGGCGGCCGACCCCCUUUUGUUAGAAGCACUGCAUUGGAGAGAAGAGAUCGUGGCUGAACAACAAGCAAACUGUCAGAUGUUUCUGCAAGAAACAGCAGAGAAACACAUUUGGAGCUUGUCUUCCACUACGUCAGAGCAUUGUUCUUGACGGAUUUUUAUUGUGUGAAUGUGAGAGAUUUUUGCCUUCAGGUAAUGCAACUUUUUCGGCUUCUUUUAGAAGCCAGCUGUAUCCGAUGCAGCCAAAGCUCUAUGCCGUGCUUUUG